AUGUCUCUCCCUGGUUUAGAGCUCACGCAGCCUUCCGAGGAGAGGGAGUUUGUCCCCGCACCACCAUCCCAGAUCAAUCUGUCACAGGGCUCGGAGUGGAGGUUCGAGGUUGCAUUUGGGACAACCGUUCGAGUAAAGCUCCUCUCUGGUGCAGCAGAGCUCUUCGGAACCGAACUCGCCCCCUCACAGACAUACACAUUCUCCGGGACAAAGGCAGCGAUAUACACAUGGCAUGGAUGUACACUGGAAGUGAGUGCUGGCGAAGCAGUCACCGGACUCGACGGGCUGGCUUCGACGACUCGUGGCGGACUAGGCGCCGGCGGGUGUCAGAGCGAGUACGUAGCUGAGGAAACGCCAAUGGUGGAAUAUGCGAACGUGCAUUUUGCGCUAGAGACCCUCCGACAGGAAGCCAAGGCCACAGGGAAGGACGGUCCGAGGGUCUUGAUCUUGGGACCUGAGGAUGCGGGCAAGACUAGCUUGACGAAGGUUCUUACGGCCUAUGCGACCAAGGUUGGGAGGCAGCCGAUCGUGGUGAAUUUGGAUCCGACGGAGGGCAUGCUGAGUGUGCCCGGGACGCUUACGGCCACGGCUUUCAGGGCGAUGUUGGAUGUGGAAGAGGGAUGGGGGAGUAGUCCUAUGUCUGGGCCUAGUGCGGUGCCGGUGAAGCUGCCGCUGGUGUACUUUUACCCAAGCGUCAAUCCGUUAGAGGCGGAAGGGUCGGUCUAUAGGCCGAUUGUGUCGAGGCUGGCUCUCUCAGUGAUGGGGAGGAUGGCGGAGGAUGAGGAUGCGAGGGAGACGGGUAUUAUUGUUGACACGCCAGGAAUCUUGAGCCAGAGCAAGGCGGGGAGUUUGGAGAUGAUUAACCAUAUUGUGACGGAGUUCUCAAUUACUACGAUUCUGGUUAUUGGAUCGGAGCGGUUGUACAGUUUGAUGAUGAAGAAUUAUGACAACAAGCCUUCAUCGAGUGCGUCUGCAGCGGCCUCGGAUGAGCGUAUCUCGGUCGUGAAGCUCUCCAAAUCCGGAGGCUGCGUCGACCGUGAUGCUGCGUUCAUGAAGGCGGUUUGUGAGUCUCAGAUCCGAACCUAUUUCUUUGGCAACCCAGUUCCUUCGACGGCAUCUUCAGCACUCUCGCUGUCGGCAUCGUCAACCACCAACGUCACACUAUCGCCUCACGCCCAGCAGCUCGACUUCAACACUCUGGCGCUCUACAAUUACACUACUAUCUCCGCUGAAGAGGACCAAAACCCUGACGAUGACGACUACGACCCGGCCCAGCUUGGAACCGGGGACUCCUUCCUGCCGGGGGGCAACGAAACAGACUGGACUGCGUCGCGGCAGCACGAAAGCACAUCGUCGUCUCUCCCUGGAAUCAUCUCCGCAACGCAUGAAAGCACAUCCUCGGCUGUGGUCAGCAACGCACUGAUUCCAUUGAAGAAGAUUACGGCUCCCGUGCCGACCGCGCUGGCUAACGGUCUCCUGGCCAUCACACACUGUGCUCCAACGGGCACUUCGGCGGAGAUCCGCGACGCUAGUAUCAUGGGGUUCCUGUAUGUGGCAGAUGUGGAUAGCGAACGAGGCAAGAUCCGUGUGCUCGCGCCGGUAGGAGGACGAGUACCUUCACGGGCGAUUGUUUGGGGCAAGAAAUGGCCUGCGGAAGUGGUGGGACUGGUUGGAUGA